AUGAGCGAAACGGACGUAUUGAAACGGAGCCGUGUAGAUGUGGAGCAUCCGGUGCGCAGAGGACGUGUUGGUCCUUAUACAUUACCGGAGAAGCAAGCUUUGAUCGACCUGGUUACUCAGACACGGAACAGUCUUCGUAACAUCCCCACACAGAUGACUGCUGAUCAGUACAAACAGAUAUGGGUGAAUAUCUCCAACUGUAUGCACGCGAAAGGUUGGCCGAAAAGGCCUUGGAAAGGUUUACGAUUGAAAGCACAACAGAUGUUGUCCUCUUCUGUGGAGAAUGGAUACAUGCGUUCGUUUGAAGGGAGCCCUCCGACUUCUCAUGUUGGAUCGUGUCCAGCUUUGUGUCCAGGUGUUGCUGUCACUGUGUCAUCUUCGUCGAACGUGUCGUCAUCGGUCGUUUCCACUCCACCACCACUACUUUCUUCGUCUGAGGCGUCAGCAGAGACUGUGAUGCGUUUGACGAACUCGCGAUGUGUCAAUUCGGUCACGUCAGGCAAUGAUGCAGGCGGUCCACUAAUCGUCAAUGUUUGUUCAAGAGCUGUGAACGGCUCAGAAACUGUGCAUAAACCAGUUACAACGGAGCAGUCAUCUUUGCCAAUCACAUCAUCAACAGCUGAUGGUUAUCGAGUGCUUGAGGUUCCUAAUAACGAUUUGAUCCUUGGUGGAGAUCGAAUCGAACUUCUCGAUUCGAGUGAUGACGAAUCGGAUGACACGGUCCGAGACGAUCAGCGCAUGGAUCCGCACAAAUCUGUUCAGCAAGAUACUCCGAAUGUGGCGAAUGCUUAUACCGCAAUGGUUCCACGGAGGUACGUUUUAUUUUGA